CCUGAGCUUUAGCUUCCAGCUGCAGCUGCUUAGUGUAAAUGCUAAUUCACUUAUGUCUAGCCUGAUAUAGCACGGCCGGGCCCCGGGAAAUAUAGCGGACUUCAUUGUUCUUUUCCGCCUUACACUAUGUGAGAAACCACUUUCGACGACUUCACUUUUCGAUUUCGCUUUAUGCUUGCGCACCAUGUAAGUAGUUAAGUUGCCUCAUCACUUGAUAGGAACCGACCUAGAUUUUUACUCUCUGCUUAGCAGUAAAUACCGCCGCUCCACCUCCUGCCGCCCGCAGUCCGUUUUUUUUUACGAAACUCGAAUACAACCCAGCAUUGCCAAUCCUGUCAGAGCCGCUCCCCCCUUUGUUCACACAACAAAGCGCGGAGCCUGCUACUUGCGGAUUGAUGAGUGUAAUUUGUUGACACUACGAAUUAAAGCGUUUUGACUAUUUUGCUCAUUUUUUAUUUCGUUCCACUGAACAACUAUAUUACAUUUACAACCCAGCAAGCAAGGUAGAGGUCCGCCGUCGGAUCCACCUUGGCUUGCGGGGCCAAUUCUUCUAGGUACUUACUUGAAGAUCCGGCCGUUGGCACAGGUUUUGUUUAGGAGUCCCUACAAGAUGACCUCCCACUGCGGCCACGGAUCCAUGUAGAUGAGAUUGCAACUACCGAAGAUUUUUUCUAGAACAGUUCUUGGAAUUUGAUUUGUUCUUCAGCUCUACUGCUCAUCUUUUCGUCCAGGCGAAAUACUACUAGAGCCUUGGAAGUAGAUACACUCCCGAUUUUUUUUUUUUAGCAAAAUACCACGCCGGGUUUGCUUGUUCGGACCCUGCUGUGACACCUUGCUUUUUUCCACCAUUAUUUCGAAAAAGUAGGCACGAAGUAAUCGAGAUUGUUGAAAGAAACACGACCUUUGUACUAAAGUAAGUCUCGUCUCACAACUCUGGUUUUCACCCACUUACCUCCUCGAUAGUACCUUACUUUGUUUUCUGAGAAUUGGCUCUGGAUUUUUUAACUUUUGUUGUUAUCACGACAUGAACGUAAAGAAAUUCACUUUUUCUCACUGAAGACAUAGUCACAACACUUUUUUCAAAAUAAGUCAUCACCACUAAUAGUUUGCCAGAAAGAUAUGCGCGUCUCACCGAUGCAUUCUCUUGUCUCACCGCAUUCUCAUAUUACGUUUUCACCUUUUUCCUUUUCACCCUAGCUAAGAUACAACCGAAAAUUAAUGAAACGGCAUACGGACGAUUUGUAAGGAGCACGACGAGAAUUGAGAUUGAAAAACUUGAACUGUUUUUCCGAUUUCACUCACUAUUUUACGAGGACGUUGUAAAAACAGAGAGUCAGAGUUCUAGAAGAAGUAGCAGGCAGCCACUUGCUGCAGCACGACUACAUACUGUUUACUUUUUUCAUUGUGAAGCCAGCUCUGUUUAUUGUCCUUUUUCCUUAACCAAAAAAAGUCAAACUCGUUGAUAGCAGGUAUAACUUCGAAACAGUAGAAAAAUCAGAUGAACCGUAAAACUUACUCUGAUUCAUACAUGUACUUACAUAUGGAGGCUGCAGUAGAACACAACCAAAAAGUAGCGGCAUGAAACAAAAGUUGGAACUGAAUUGUUCACAAAACUAAUAGUCCACGAUGAAAGUUUCGUCUGGAAAAGAAGUACGUGUCUGCCACGUGAUCGCGUGGCAUUUGGCACUAAAACUUGAAGCUGAAAACAAGCAUCAAACUCGGUGUAAAACUUGUUAAAUAUUAUCGUGCGUAUUGCUCGAUUUUUACUGAAUCUUGGUACAUCGAACACUUGUACCAUCUUAAAGGCACCAUCAAGAUGUCUGCCGCAACCGCAGACGUGUCCUCUCAGGACGAUGAUAGUGCAACUCUGAUGCUCCGCCUGGCCUCCAUGGGCUACAAAGCCGAUGCAGACGCUCCGGGGACCAGCGGUGGGAUAAGUUCCGGCACAGAAAAUCAUCCAACGAAUAAUGCGGGGGACGAGGUGGAUAAUGCGAGUGGCGCCACGAAAACAGGCACCGGCUCUCAACUGAUCGGGUAUAACAUGAAUUUUCUGGAUAAAAAUGUAAAGUUGUAACCUUUCGUGAAAGAUCUUUUCUUUUCUUGCGCAACGUACGAUAAUAUGCAUUUCGUCUCAACCGUCGGCAGCACGUGCUUGUACGCCUCUACCUCGCUGAGAUUUUCAUUUGCAAUGGCGUAGGACGUCUGCGAGCCGCGUAUGAUUGUCGGAAGUAGAAUUAGAAAAUGUUGGAGAUCUUCCCUGCGAUAGACAACUAGUGAAGUGGUCCGAUUGAUCCGCGAAAUUGAAAUACUAGAGCGAACCUGCUCAGACGUGGAGAAUUCAGAUUUUUUGUAGGGAUAAACAAACAUCACUUACAUUCCGUUUGGUUAUAGUACUGCACGAAAACUACAACUGCGCGCCCCGGUCGCAAAAAAGGCUGAGCAAGAAUGGAUUAGAAGAAGAUCAUCUUGAAAUUAUCAUGCGAAAUUGGAAAAGAAAUUCAAAUUCUGGGUCUCCCCUUGAUCUUUAGGAAAAAAACACAAAAAUCAAAAUUUGAAAAUCCAAAAAAUCAGAUCGCGUGCGAAAGAAAGCGAUGAUCAGUUGAGGAUGCUCAAGGAAGGUAUUUACGUAUUGGGUGAUUUUUUUUGCUUCAUUUUUGUCAUGCGUGUGUUAAUUUCUACAGCCCACAGGAAAAAAAUGAUGGAUUAGAAGACAAAGAUAAUACAAAUUUUAGUCGGGUUGUCAAGUGAUGAUAGAGAUUAACGAUUUGUACAGUCUUUAUGUGUAAAAUAGAAGUCUUACUUUCCCACAAGAUAAUAAGCAGCAUUGACCAGCACAUUGAGUAGUAAUUCAUUGAUGUUAUCUUCAAGUAGAACCUGUUAGGUUAUUAAAGAGUAGUACCAAAAUGAAUGCUGGCGCUGUCUUUUAAAACUAUCAGACACAGCAACCGUUGCCCAUAUCUUUGUAGAUUCUCUUUGAAAAGUCCGCUUUUUCUUAGAAGAUUAGUAUGAGACGUGAAAUUAUCUGGAUACCAUCGCAAUAAUCGCGAUACACAAAAAUAUCGUAGUACUUGUGAUUCGAUGUAGACGAGUCAGUCUCAGGUCCAGCUUCUCCCUAGCCUCUGGAGAAGAAUCACGAAAACCAGCAGACUCUGUUAUUUUGCUAAUAGUACCCAUUUCUAUUUAUCGUUCGCGAACAACGAACAAAAUCACCUGCCUCUUACUUUUCUUGAAGAUCAUCAUCACUCAGGCGCUUUUUGAUUUGUCGUCGAGGCGUUUGAUGUUUUGACUUCUUUGACGUGCAGUACUUAGCUGAGUCUUACUUUAAAACUUUUAUCGCGAAAUUAUACAUUUGCCGCACGGGUACAAUUUUUGCCUCACUGAUUAUAAGUGCCGGAGUAGUACAACCGUUUAUGUUGCAAAUCGUAAAUGCAGUCCCGCCAAGAAUGGGACAAGAUUUUUUACUCUAGCCUAGUCGUUUUACUAUGAUCCGGUGCGGUUUUCGCCAAAAAAGUUGUCAACAACGAACCAAUGUUGAAAGUUGACAGAAAGAGUUAGAUUUCAUCUUUCGCAACAAGUACGGUACCACUUUUUCACGUGCGACCGAGCUCGUUCAUCGUGUAACGGUAACGUAUAUUUUUUGGAGUAGCAGCUCCUCUGCAACUAAUUUGCGCCACUUGUUUUUUGUAUAAUCGAGCAAAUCGCGUAAGAAAGCAUCGUUUUUCCAUACGCCGAACACGACAACAAACCGGUCCACGUAGAUCGGCCGAGGCCAAUCAGUCUUUCCAGUCACUACAUCGGAUUUUCGCCACGCGCCCUGCAGACUAGCAUGGCCCACCGCGGCGAGGAGCGUCGGAGAAAUAUCCAGAAGUACUAUCACGACGACGACGUAGUAGACCACCAUGGAGGACUAGUGGUACAACAACCUGGUGUCACACCAGCACGAGGAAAUAACUUUAACCAAGCAUCGACACCACGACAGCACGGAGUCCGAUCCGCGAGUUUGAGCAAUUCCUUUUGUUACGAACAUGUUGACCAGGUCCGGAGCGGACAAUAUUACCUCGUUUCUAGUAAUGGAAGCGGUUCCAACAUAACAUCUGCGUCGCAACAGCAGAAUCUGAGGGAGUGUGGUGGAAGCGGCUUCGAUAAUAAUAUCCCGAGAAAGAACAGCGGGGGUUUUUUACCCACGACCAAUACAGGAAGUGGGAGACAGCGCCUGGCUCACUAUCCGUCGAAGCAGCAUCUUCAACCGCAUUCGUACGGGAGUUCUUCGGCGAGAAUAAAUUCUUCCAAUCAGGAUUUUCGCGAGCGCACGAGGUCGAAGUCCUACGUAUUGUCAGACAACGGAAAAUUGAAAGCCGCCGGGCCGCUUGUAUACCACAGUAAGAACAACGCGUCGACAGCACCAGCAACUCCGGGUGGUUUUAGCUGCUCGUCUACUUCGAAGGGACAGCAGCAGCAGCAGCAGCAGAGUUCUUCUUGUUUACCACCGAGAAAUCACAGCAGCAGCAGCAGCAGCAGUUCUCUGCAGAUGAUCCCACCACCGCCGCCGCCUAGCUACCCACCGCCGCCAGGAGAUCUUCGAAGAAAAAGCAGUGGGAACAGCAUCAAGAUGAACCACCGUUCUUAUUCCAACGCAAGUUCAUCCAAUGGAGCUGCAUCUUCGAGCUGCAGCUACAACACUUCUAUCAGCGCUGCUGGUGCACCACCAGCACCAUCCCCGGGUUCUUUACGCGGGACGACGAACGUUUUGUUCCCCCGCCCAAGCGGUACAGCUACUACCCGAGGGCCGCAGAGUCACGGUAGCGGACGGUCGCGGUUUGGUAGUUCCUCGUCCACGUCCGCGGAGGGCAGUAGUAAAACUUCUGUCGCGGGAAGUGGACCAGCAGCUGGAGCAGGUGCGCCUCCGUUUACCACCUCGCCCCCCGCCGCGCCUCCAGGGCUGCAUCCUCCGUCGACGUCGUCGUCGGGGAAUAAUAGCACUACUUCUGUGCUGCUUUCGGGAUGUGGAGGUCAUGGUCAACAUCUUCCACCGACCAAGAUUGUUCCGACGGUGCCGAACCCCCUGUACGACCAUUUUAACGCGGUAAAUCCGAACCCGGGAAGUAGUAGAUUCUCGCCGCAGGGGCAUCAUGAAAAUAGUAUCGAGGUCCUCGUCGCGCCGCACGGGCAACAAGUACAACUACCGGCAGCUGGUGCGCCGGUGGUAAACAAACAGAAACAAGCUACGAGGACGAUGAAAAUGAUGGAUAUGAACAACUUCUGUACAAUUAGCGGGAGUAGAAGAUCAGCCGGACACCAUAGCUCUUCCAGUUCCUGUGGCACGACUUCUGCUGGUGUAGUGGAUCAUCUUCGAGACCGGCACGACGUAAAGAACAUGCGAGGCUGCUCGGAAGAGGAUGUUGAACAAGACCACGAGCACGACCUCCGCGACUAUGAUGACAAAACCCCACCGCCGCCACCGCUACCGCCGGGCGGGUUUUUCAGUGACGAAGAGGCGAUGAAUCAUCGGGAGGACUACCCGACGUCCGAGAAGCAUAGUGGAGGACAACAGCUGCAGCAGCACCAGCACUCGUCGAUGUUGUACGACCAGAACCUUCUCCGCGGGACAAAGAAUUCCGCUGACAGCGCUCUUGAUCCUUUUCAUGACAAGAACUACCCUCUGUCUAUAAGUAGUCAACGCCCUGGACAAGUAGACCACAACCACUGUCGCGAGCGAGCAAGGACGUCGUCGUCCACGUGUCAGACAAAGAGAGCAGCAGGCGUCGACGUUGUUCCGCCGCCGCCACCCCCUCCGCCCGCACAUCUGCUGUACCCGACGCUGAGUCAGCAAAAUCAAGUCGCAGCGUAUAACGAAUACGAAGACCAGAUGAGCAUGCUGCACUCCAGUGGUGUAGUACAACAGCCUUCUCAUGAUCUUCUCGGGGGCGGCCAGCAGCACCCGAUUGAUGUGGUCUACAGCGGUAGCCAGCACGGUUAUCCUCGUGGACCACCUGCUUUAGAAGUUGUACACGGAGGCACUAGUAGUUCUUCUACGGUGCAAGAAGUACCGGGAAGUAGUUGCAGCGCUAGUUCGCAUAAUUACAACAUCGGGGGACGAUCCCACGUCGGGUCUGCUGUUGGAGCUGCACUGGGUUCCUUUGCUGCUGCUCCUUCGGGUUCUGUUUUCGACCGCAUCGGGCAAGAAGAAGACAAUGGUUCCAGACGGCAUUAUGCAGGACCACCGCCUCCACCUCCUCCACCGCCGUUUUAUUACGAUGACAAUCUCGAGGGCGAGCGGCACAAAAACGAAGUUAAAGAAUGUCAAAAUGAUGACCUCGUGGUCGUGCCGCCGCCGCCGUCCUACAGCCCUCCGACAAGCUCUGUACUGUUCGAGGAACAGGAAUUGCUUCCCGUUUCCUCCCUAGUGUCCUGUACGAGCCCCACUGCAAUUCCUGUAGCGCCGGAACAGGCAAACAACCCGGAAUUGUGUCCUUAUCACUUCCAGUUGGCGCUGCCGCCGCCGCGGGACCAGGAGGUCGACCACGUGCAGGGUGGAGUAGAGCAGUGGCCAUCUACUUCCACCUCUCUGGCCUCUGCAUCUGGUGAAAAUGUUGAACUAGAGCGUAAUGUUUUAUUGGAGAAGAUGAACAAGCAGGCAGACGCGGACGCGGUGGCUUUCGACAGAAGCAAUCUCGAUGUUGUAGCGAAGCAAGCUUCGUUGGAGACGAGCAGGAAAACAAGUCCUGAACAGGAUCAUCAGCGGCCCCUUAUCCCGGUUGUUCGGAGCGAGAAUGAUGUUGAAAUUAUUCCGCCGGAACAGCUGCUGCCCACUGCCAGUUCUUUCAACAACACGCCGCCUCUAGUCACGACUCUGUGGGAAGAAGAAAGAACGCCAACGCCGAUCGGCAGCAUGAAGGCGUUGCUUCGGAAGGUGGCCGGUAAGCCGGAAAAGAAGCAGAAAAAAAAGAAGAAAACUAAAACUAGUAUAACAUCUUCACACGACGAAGGUGGGGCAGAAGUAGAUGAUGAAGCUGAUGUUGAUGUUGAUGAAGAAGAGCCGGCUCGUCUACUUUUCGACGGAAGAAGAAAUUCUUUUCAACAAGAAGGUCCUCGUCCUCGUGAAGAUGUUGUGCAAAAUCGUACCAAUGCCAACAUCAAGCAGUUUUCCCACGCGUCGAGUUUUCAAACUGCGAACUCGGGAGGUGGUACCACGGCGCGGAACAGUCUUUCUUGCAACCCCGACCACGCGUUUGACACCACAUUUGCCGGCGACGAAACAAAAACGAAACUUGUUCCUGGAGUUCUUGCAACGGUCCUCUUGCCAGGAGAACUACGACCGCAAGUACAACAAGUUGUGGAGCAGCACGUUUUAUCCGCGAGCAGCAGUUCUUCAUCUUCCUGCGCUAUGGAGAGCUGUUGCACUUCGUCUUUGUCCUCAAUGGGAGACGAGGUUCCCGCAGAAGGUGGAGAGGAACGACGUGGUCAAGGACAUCCUGCUUCUCCCUCCGUGAAGAUUUUUGCUGCUGGCGGGGGAAAAGGAAAACAAGUAGAUUCUUGUGAACAUGCUGCAUUUUUAAAAACAAGCGAUAGUAGUUGCACCAAGGUGAACGACGUGGUGGAUAUUAUGGAUACCUUGACCAGCACCCCGGAUGAAGCGCGAGCAGAGGACGACGAGGGUAUUGUAAUUGCGGAAGAAGUAUCAAAGGUAAACGAUUGUGAGCAAGCGGAUGUUGAUGAACAGUCCCCAGUGAUAAUUCCGAAUCAUCCCCCAGCACUGGAAGAGCUACGUCAAGGUGCUGUUUCACCCGUUCUUGCUGAUGUUGACGAAAUUAGUCCUAGAGAGGACAACAUCAGCACGACAGAGCCGCAGGCUGCCGCGUCUUCUAUAUCAACGUCGCAGGGAGGACGAGACUUCGAGAUGCAGGCCGAAGUAGAGGAAACGAACCAAGAAGUAGAUCCUGAGGACCACGACAACAACUCUCCUGUUUACCUGAUCGACAUUCCCGUGUGCAAGGACGGAGCCAACAUCCUGCCUAGUUCCGUCUUGCAAGAGAUGCCCGCGCGAUGCUCCGAAACGAUCAGCGUUGACAACUUGAAGAGUUUUGUUGAAAAUAGUAUUCCAGUGCAGCUGUGCGACAGGGAUGUUGACGGGGUCGUGUCGACUGUGUUGACCCGUUCUUCAUCUGGCAAGGUCAAUGUCGUGAACAUGCCGCAAUCAACAUCGUCUUCAAAACAACGGCAGGUGGAGCACAAGAGCACCAGCACGGAGAUCGUGGAAGAAAGCACAACUGCACUUGAUGGCGCCGACGAGAAAGACAACGAAAAAGCGGCUGUUCAACCUGGUGCUCCGGAAGGGGAUGGAACAAAUCAUGCUUCUGCGAUGAGCUCGAUCUUACCAGUAGAAAAUACUAUCAUAAACAGUGGCAGGAAACAUGUUGGAAUAAACCUUAACCUAGCAGAAGACCGCACCACUAUCGUAGAGAAGGACAAAGGCGCGAUUUCUUUUUCUCCUCCGGUCGCACAGCAAGAACGGCCAGAGCAGUCUUCCAACGCUACUCCAGCAGGAGAAGCUGCUCUUGGUCGGCGUGAUGCUUGUGAGAAGGUUGGCGACGUUACUAGUGUCAAAAAUAUCCCUGCACCAGUAGAGGAAAAAUUACAAGUUACACCUGAAAUCGUUAUUCUAGAAGUAGAGCCGGAAGAACAAACUAAAGGUUGUACUAAGGCUGCGGAAGUUCAUCUUGUUGAAAAGAACAGUACUGAAACUACUACUUCAGUAGAACCUGUGCUGCCCGCGGAAGUUCUUGUUGAACAGCAGAACAGGGCGGUGGAAAUUAGCUCUACUACUACUACUGUUAUUGAACAUACUUCUAACACGACGACAACCCUAGAAGAAGUAGAGGUAAAAAUUAUUGCGAAAGAAGCUACGACAGUUAGUGCAACUAGUAGUGCUGCACCAGAAGUAGAACAAGCUAAAAAUUCUACCAGUGCUAAUACUACUUCGGAACAAAGCGCCGGCACCACUACAUCAAAAGGUGUAGGUUUUAUGACAGUAGCACCCGCUACUUCUACUGCUCUCACGACAUCAAAAGCUCCAACUACCCUGACUCCUGAAGGUCGGCGCGAGAUUAACAUGCAGAGCAAACUGAAAGGCUCGGAGGACCACAGCGCAGCGACCGUGGAAGGCGAUCGCUACUUCGCGUUGUUCGGCGAGAAAAAGCAGGCCUGGGACGCCUCUCGCCAAGCGAACAUGGAGGCGAAGCUGGCUGCCAUGGGGUGGAACACGUCGGGGAACGCGAUUCUAGAAGACGACGAGGAAAACCUUGCGGAAGGCGAGGCAACGACAGUCGUGCAGCAGAACCAGGCCGGGGGGAGCUCUAGCAGUUCGUCCACUGCGGAGAGGAAUAGGAAAGCAGUAGACCAAGGCACUUCAUCUCCAGUUGAGAAUGGUCCUCGUGCUGGACGAAACAACGAAAAUAACAACAGCAGCACUUCAUCGUCUGCCGGAGGUUCCUCUUCCAACAAAAACACUGCUUCCCGCGACUACCAAACCGCGCUGCAACACCCGCAGCCAGGGUUAUUUGUUGGCGCAGGUGGAGUAGAACAAGCAGAUUUUGAUCGACAGAUCACCAGUGAUCUGAAUCCGACCGAUCGGGAGUUAGAGUCUUCCUUCCGAUCGGAAACCCCGCCACCCCCGCCUCCGCCGGAGCUGGACAGUAGCAUGGAAAAGUCCUCAGACAUUCUUGUAGCGGGAACCCAACAGCACAAGGAACAAGCAGGGGAAGAUCUACUUCGUGGCGACAUUGUGGCCGCGGUGGACACAGAGAACAACCAAAACAGCGACCCGACUGCGGAACAACAAGGACAUCAUCAUCCCGACAGCGCCGGCCCGUUAGUACUUGAGCAGACAUCUUCUACUGAGCAGGGAACGACUGGGACCGGUAACCCGGAAUCUAUGGGUACCACCAUGCAACCGGAUCCGCACAGCUUCGCCCAGCCGGCCACCACGACCCAAAGCACGGCGAAUCAAUCCGGCGGGGAAGUAGAUGGUGAUAAUUUAGAAGACGAGGACCAAAUUCUCCUCUCUUCCUCCGAAUACAAAGACGGAACGGAAGGUAAUUCUAUGGGUGGACAGGAGCAAAAAAUAGACCCGCACGGGCAGCAGCAUAACAUGGACGAGUCCGAGAUGGCUUCGCAAUUCAUAAUGCGCGUGAACGAAUUCUCCGAAAGAAUCGUCGGAAGUUCCGGCAGUCCGGAGGAAGGUCUAUGGAUUGUAAAAAUGUCUGGGUCUGGAAGAAUGGAAGGUCUGUCAUGCUCUGCCAGCAUGACCCCAAAGUCUGUCAUGCACGUUACCCAAGAGCCCCGUUUUUUUCUCAUGCAGGAACGCAGUUUGUCAUGCAGAAUAGGCAACACCUCGAAGCUCAGAAACUUGUCAUGCUGCGCCAGCACUUGUGGCCGCCUCAUGAUACGCCAACCAGCAUCACAAGUUUUCAGACCCAGACAUUUUUACAGUUGAUAAGGUCAGCCGUUGAACAAAUCCUUGUCCCAGGAUCGCCAACAACAACAGAGAAGAAAGCGCGACCCGAGUAACAGGUCUUCGUUCGACGACAGCGCGGGGAGCAAUGUCGCCGGGAGUAACGACAGCUUCGAGCAGCAUCAAAGAGGGCCGCCGCGCAAGGGAGGCCGCGGGCUUUCUCGGGACGAUCGGAAUGACGACGACGUUCUGGAUGAAGAGGAGGAAGAGGAUUACUCCAGCGGGAGCCUGUCCUCCGAGUCGGAUUCGUUCCACGAUGAUGAUGUCCUCCGCGAAAACGGUAAAUUGGAUCAUUUCAACCGAUGUUGACAAUUCAUUUUAGCAUAAAAGUAGGACAAGGGCUUUUUCAUCUUUUUAUCAUCUCUUGUCUGUUGAUGCCCUUAUGUUUUGAUGUUGCGAUAGAUUUACAUCACGGCAUAAACAUCUGAAUAAACAUUUUCGCUUAGAAGAAGUAUUUACCCCCAAAAAACAAACUGAAAACAGAGGAGACGGCGCCUUUGUACAGCUUUUACAUGCGGGAUCCGGUUUACAACCCAGAUAACAGCCGCGCUCUUGCAGCUACGGUACAAUAAGUUUGCAAAUGCUUGGGUUAUUCUAUACUUAGUUCUCAACAUGCGCACGAUGGUAUUAAAAACAUUAAGCACGGCAGAUGAGCUCUCAUGAUGCGUGAUGCCGUCGAACAGGACGAGCACUUUUGAAGAACCUUACAUGAUCAUCUUCAACUGAAAACUGUACAACUUGAAUCUAAAACAGUCCACCCUCGCAGCCGGUCUGGCGCACGACAAGCCGGAGGACGGUUGGGAUGACUUGACGCAGCAAGACUUUUUGAACCCGGUCGGCAAGGACUACAAGAAUUCGUCCUGGGAGGCGGAGCGACUCGCCCGGCAGGCGGCGGACAAUGUCAUGAACAUGGAAACCAUGCGGGAACUGCUGGACUACGGGGUGAAAUACUUCGCCUGGUACGUGGAGCGUCACGGGCCGAAUUCCGUCCCGCAGGGGAAUCCCUACAGCCAAAGUCCCCCGCAGGGCGGUGGUGGGCCACCGGGUGCAGCUGUUGCGCAUCAGCAUCAAGGAGGACAACAACUUCCAGGUGGAGGACCAGCCGGGAUGAACAGUAAUUACCCAGGUCCACAUCAACAGCAGAACUUGGGUCCCUACAGCGGCGAUCUGAGUAGAGCAGGACCACAGCAGCACAUGAACAACCAAGCCGCCCAACUGCAGCAGAUGCAGCAGCUUGCCGCGCAGCAAAACUGGUCGCCGCAAAGACUGGCGCAGAUGCAGCGACAGCUCGCUUUGAACAACCAAAAAGGCGGCGGGUACAACGUAGGAGCUCCAGGAGGGAAACAACAAGUGGACAACCGGUUGUUUGGAGCAGGUAAGGGGGGCGGCCCCAUGGGGGCGGGUGGACCACUUGGAAACAAAGGCGUGGCCCUCGGAGCAGGGGGUGGUGUUCCACCGCCGGGGGGCCUGAACCCCGCGGCGAUCCACCAUCUGCAGAAGGGCGCCGCAGCGCAGCAGCAGCAGCAGAAUCAGCAUGCGAUGGCCCAGGCGCAAGCGGCUUACAACGCAGCGAUGCAACAGCACCGCAUGGGCGCAGCUGCCGGCGGUGUAUCUGGUGGCCCCAGUCCGCCUCCGCAGAAUGUUGCGAUGUAUGGAACAAACAAUCCCGCCGCGAAUCCCAAUCUCGCGGCUGCUGCAGCUGCACACUCGCCCUACGCCACGCAGCAGGCUGCGCAGAUGUUGUACAAUCAAGCACAACAGCAGCGGGGCGGCUUCCAGAUUCCCGUGCGGGAGAUCGGGGCUGCCGCGGGGGGCCAGUCCGGACACAGUAGCAAAGAUCCGAACUUUAGUGUGUCUACUCCGAAAGGUGGAGGACAACAACAUCUUCACAACGGCAUGAACUACGGCGAUCCGAGAAAUAAUAUGCAACAUCAUCAUGCAAGAUCUCCCCGCGUCGAUUCCGCCAGAGGUCAUGGGGGUCAACAUGUAAAUCCUAUGCACCAACCUUCGUUGCACCAUUUGCAACAGCAGCAGCGCAUGUAUUCUCCGGGAAACAGUCCGCGCGGGGGGAAUAAGCUCGCGUCUCCGCGCAGUCCGCGGGGACUCGGGAACCCCGCGACAACGACGGUUUUGCCUGUCGGGGAGGCGUAUACCCCGACGAAGGACAACGCGACGGCAAAUCCGCAAUUGCAGAACUUGCAGAACCCCCUGAACCAAAUUGCGCCGAUGAAUGGUGCACCGGGCCCCCCUCCGCAGCAGCAAGUUGCUGCAGGAGCCCCGGCAGGGGGUAACAAGCAGGACGCGCUUCGGAACAUGCUCAGAGGUGGGGCGAAUAACAUAAAUAACCCGAACAACACUUCCAUAAUCGCCGGCGGUGCUGCUGGGCCAGGACAUCAGCAACAUCCAGACUUGGGAGUCCAGAAAACCGAGGUUCCUCUGCUUCCGCUUGGGUCCUCCACCCGCCCGUCCGCGGCGGCGAACGGCCACGGCCCGUCGCAGACCAAUAUUAACGCAGAUAAUGGUAACAAUAUUAACGCGGCCAGAACCACCGCCGGGGCUGCUAGUGCUAAUUCUGCUGCUGGAGCUGCUGCGCAGGCGCAGCUACCUUCUGGGACGACCGCGACGGGAGCCACGACGACGCGCAUGAGCGGAAGUAGGGAGAACAUCAUGGUCUCCGCCUACGACGCCCUACACGAACAGUUGCAGAAGGCGGCUGAGCAAUUGAACAAAUCGAAUGCAAACCGUUUGUCGAGAAACAGUAAUAUGAACAACGGUGGUACAACCGGCGGACAUCAGCCUCAAAUGCCAAACCACCAACAAAUUGUCCCGCCCGGUCCCCCCGCCGGGCCGCCGCCGCCGGAAGACGAUUACGAGGUGUUUCCCGCGAGAAGCCCGCCCUCCGGGCCACACGUUCCCUCGGUGCAGCCACCGAGGCUGCCGGAUAACGCGGUGCACAACAACAUGGGGUCAGCACAGGAGCAGCGAGGACACAACCGAGGAGAGGUACAAAUUAUGCAGUCGGGAGGUGUAGUAGGUGGUACUAGUUCCGAAAACCCGAGUCUUCACCUCGACCUCCAGAACCCCCCGCCACCGCCGCCCUCCUCGGCGCCGCACCCCGAUAUGAGCCCGACCAGCGAACGGGACCGGCUGUUGGCGGCCAUCAACGACGCGCAGAAAGUGGAGGCGCAGCGGAAGACGCAGGUGAGGCCCGACACGGAGUUGGAGAGAAUGACGCAAGAGGAAAUGAAAGCCGAAGUCAAGAGGUUGGGACAAGCCGUCAAGCGAUUGCAGGACGUAAUAUUUUUUGCAAUUUUUGAUAAUGGUUGUAGUUGUUUCUCAUUCUCUAAAAUUAAUCAGAGUUCUUGCUGAUGUGUUGUUAGCCGAUUCUUGUGCAAGUAGGUUGAUCGGGUAAGAAAAUGAUCUUCACGACUUCUCUAAUCUUCUUCUAAAGUGGAAUAAAUUUCCAAAGCUUCUUCUAUCAGGGUCAACAAAUUGGAGGUCCGACCCAUUCUCCUGGUCUUGGCCCGGACGUUUCAUCAAGAAAUAAUGCCCCGUACGCCAACGAAGCAGAUCCUUUUUUCCUCCAGUCGUCGCGGAGCAACGACGACUACUUUCUGCCCCCCUUCCCCUCGUACGAGGACGCGGAGGGGUACAACAACAAUUUCGGGCGUUCCUCCGGCCAUCAUCUUGCCGGGGGUGGUGGACAACAUCAAUCGUCCUCGGGAAUAAACAAUCGCCGGUCCGGUGGGCAUCAUCACGGGGGACACCAUCAUGACCGGGCCUCGGGGAACACGAACAAGCAAGAGAAACACAACCGGCGGGAUUACACGAAGGAAGAGAGGCGGAGGCUCCGGGAAGAGCGGGACCAUCGAAGGACGCAGAUGCGAAUGCAGCAGGCGGGACAAGAUGCAGCAGCUUUGGGGGGGCAAAUCGAUCCGGAAAUGAACCCGCUCGGGCCGAACGGAGAACCUCUGUACGCCCGCCCAACCAGGGAGCAGGAUACCCGCGAUCUUCACGAUAGGAGAGGUGGUGGACCACGCGGCGGGGGUCGAGGAGGGGCCGAACAUCAACCGGGUCGAGCAGGAGAUGUCGCACGGGAUCAACAUCUUCACGAUAGGAACAACACUAUGAUGCGUGGAUCCGGUGGUCAGCAGCAGUACAACCAAAAUGUUGAGCAGACUACCGGCAGAGCUGCACGCGGGGACCGCGAGCAAAAUUACCGCGAUCACGAUGUAGAACCACACCAGCAACCUCCGCGACAGCGCGGCAGCCGCGGCGUCGCGGAUCAUACAUACGAUCAAACAGGUGCAGCUGGGCCAUCAACCCGUGGUGACGGCCACCGGCGGGGGCAUCAAAUGCGAGAAGACGAUAGGAGGCAGCAUAAUAUGCGAGAGGACCGAGGGUCUCGCGGAGGUGUUGACCAACACGGCCGGUCGUAUAAUUCGGGAGAUCCGAGAAAUACUAGAGAACAAGGACAGCACAGCAAUAGGGGGCCACCAGACGAGUAUGACUACGACUACGAUCACAGGAUAAGGAUGGAGCAAGAGCACGACAGAAACAUACGAAGACGGGAGCAGAGAGACAGAGACCACAGAGGUGGACCUCCAGACCACGGUGGUCAACAUGCGACGAGGGGUGAACAGCAGGGAAUGAAUAUGGGAGAACAUCAACAGCAGCGACGGGGGGACCAAAAUCACCGCGAAAGGAGAAGAGCUGACCGUGAUCAACAUGGGCGCGGAGGCGGCGAUCAAAAUAUUAGUAACCGCGAUCGGGGAGUAGGACAACAACCCCCACCAAUGUACAAUGACCCAAGAGCAGCAGGUGGUAGCAGAGGCGGGCCCGACCGGGGCAUGGAUCAUGCGAGGGAGCAAUUGCAACGAAGAGGAGACCACGUCGAUCAUCACCGCGACCGCGUCGAAAACCACCCAAGUACAACGUCUAGAAGUGGUGGUCCGCCGGGGUAUGGAGUCAUAGGAGACAAUGCCUAUCAAGAGCAGCAGACCACCGGAACAACGAGGGGGCAACGUGGGUCGAAUAGGGACCGAGGGGGCGGAAAUAAUACGAACGAUCCGCGCGGCGAGGUGGGCCGGCGAAGCGACCCGCGCAUACAGGCUGCAACGUCGCAAGAGAUGAUGCGGCAAUCUGGAGGUGGAGAUCAAGCUGGAUUGUACAACCAGGUUGGUGGUGGAGGAGGUCCUCCACCACCAGAGCAGUCGUCGCAUCGCCGAGGGGACAGAGACCGCAGAGAGAAUGCUAACCGCGGAGACCGGGGCAACGACCGCCGCCAUCAUAACCGGGGCGGUGGGGACCGAGGUGGGAACAACGACCGCGGUCAGCCCUUCGAUUGGACGCCCCCUGUGCGCCCAGCGAACGAAGUCCAGUAAGGGACCACGAAGUCCAGUAAGGGACCACGAACAUUUCUGCCCCUGCUCUUGGCGGGAGUCGAGUGAGAUUUUUUGAACAUUGUAAAAAAAUGAACAAGGAGUCUUUGAUAAGAUUAAAGUAGAAGCACGCAGCGGGGGCCCAUCAUUAUAGCUUACAAUUCAGAACGAGAACAGUCGGUUUUUAUACCGGAGAAUAAAAAGAUGCAAUCAAAAAUAAAAAACUGUAUCUGUUGUAUUAAGUCAAAAAUGGCUAAUGUUGGACUCAGCUAAUGUUGGACUGUAAAUGCAACUUUUCAAGGAAAAAGCGAUUGAUGUCUUUCGAUCAUUGUACAAGUAUCGAUCCAACAGCUCAUUUGAUGGUGUUAAAAAUCUCAUAUAAUCUCAAAAAAUCUACUAGUGCAAGCACUCUCUCAUAUUUCUCUCUCCGAUUAUUUCAGUUGAGUAUCAAUCUCGGUGCUGCCCAACCGUCUCCAGGGUCAACAUCUCCGGUGCCUGAUUGACGGCUCUCGGACUGUACAAUAAAAGGCUCAGGUUUAAUAUUGUUCCUAGUUGCACCUCGGUUCUAUGGGGGGACAAACUAGCGCCGCGGAACCGAGAACGGCCUUUUUUCAGGGCCCACAUAUUCGGGGGGAUUUUAGGUUUCGCGAAUUGCACAACAUGUUGCCGCUCUUCAGGUAGCGCGCAACAUGUUGCCGCUUUUCGUUGGAAAGGGCAUGUGUCUCCAUGAGAAAUGCACCCACAGCGCUUCUGGCUCUGGAUGCUUCGGCUGAUGCCGGGCGCCACUAAUGUAGUAAGUAACGGGGCUUGUUAAACAGACUCGCUACAAAUAUUGGCGCCGGCGGCGGCCUCCUGUGAAGCCGACCUUUUCGAUUUGCGUUUGCCCUCCAUGCACGUGCAAAGCAGUGAGCGCCUAGCAUGGCGCUGCGGGAUUUUCAUCAAUUUCCCCGGAGUGACCUUCAGCCACAGCCGAGUGCCAUCGCGGCGGCUCUCGCCCUUGGGGCGAUUCCGGCGUGGCGGCUACGGCUUGGGGCGCCCGCACGAAAACCAAAAGGGCUCCGCGUGUGUGUCGGCUUGGCCGGGGGCAAAAAGGAAGGCGGCCGCGCGACCUGUCUUGGUUGCCCGUGGGCAUACAGUCCCUACCCUGCGGGUGGUUUUUGAUCCGUCGCGCAGCUCGCCGCACGUAGCAUACCAGCGGCGGCGUUGUCGCCUUGUUGAAAAGCCUUCGGGCUUUGUGAGGCCCGUCCACAGGUCGGCUUCGUUUCCGUCUCGCGUCGGUUGCUGGCGCCGGCGCUGCUCUCCUUUUAGUCCUUUUAGUGACUAUGCGGGCCCCCUCCACCCCAAAUAUUCAGUAUGCCGCCCUGAUUGCGAAUAUGUGGGGUGGUAUAGCCCCACAUAUUUGCCAUACCCCCCGGCAUAUUCACUAAAAGGACCCUGCGGCGCUCCUGUUUUUCAUCCCUUCUCAGGGGUCAACAUCUCCGGUGCCUGAUUGACAACUCUCGGACUGUACAAUAAAAGGCUCAUUAUUCUUCCUAGUUCUAUACCUCGGUUCUUAUCCGCGGUCGUUUGAUGCAUUUUUUUGAAAUCAGACGGUCGGAACCAACAGAACGGACAGCACGAUAGAAUUUCUACUGUAAAAACUUUACGACGUCUUUGCGUCAGCUUCGCCAAAGAAGAACCUCCUGGGAUGAUUAUGCUUAUCAACGAUGAUGAAUUUGAUUCUGCUAUGCGCACCGGCCCGAGCUGGCGAAACCUAGUCAGCCUCGGGGCGGAUGUAGUUGUCCUACAUGUCGUGUUGUAAACACUUUUAUUUUUUCGUCCGAGCUUGAAAGGCAGUAGAUCCUGCCUUCUUGUGCUUCUAGAGCUGUAGUUUUGAAGAUGCCUCGAGCUGGACUUCUUGGCUCGUCGUCACAAGUUUUCUAAAUAGGGCAAAAAAAUAAAAAUAGAAGGGGUAGAAUUUUUUAUCAAAGCAAGACUACUGUGCUUUUUUUUCUUUUUCUUGAAUCGAUUCCACCGCGCGGCCCCGAUAUAAUAGAGACCUAGUACUAGUACGACACUUCUUAUAGCUGCAACCUUCGCUUUUUCUGGGGGGGUUCUUCAGAUUCUCAAUUGCUUUUUGCGAUUGCCUAUAGCUUCUUUUUGAUUCAGCUCUCAGUUGUAUUGAAGUCGAUGAGGGCGAUGAUGUAGCGAAUUUUUGUACCAAGUUAGUUCCGGAAUCUGUACCUGCAGAAUCACAGCCGCAAGACCCGCAUGGAGAAUCGGACGUAAUAUGUCCUGGACAAUGUCGUGCAUCCUUCCAUUGCAAAACCCUCCUGUUUCUAGUAUAAGUCGUCCAAUAAAAUAGAAGGCCACAAGGAGAAGGUUUGUACCCCGCUUACUACGUACAUCAUGAACCCUGUUGUACUAGCGCAUGUCCAUGCUUGAUAUUGACAAUUCUCGCUACGAAUAAAAAACAGAGAAUACUAGUACCAGCUGAUACCCUCCAGCAUAAAAAGAGCCUUUGCCACGGGAAAAAAACUUCCACUUGGACGAGUAGAGUCACGACGACGGCGAAGUAUAGAAUAGGCGAGCGACAACAUCCAAAAGUAUGCAGCAGAGCAAUUUGAAUGCGUAGUAUGAAGCUCUCUUUCAAGAACUAAUUCGCUGCUUCAUUUUCAUCUGUAAAGCCUGGCCCGAUCUCGUCCUAUUGUUGACGUGCGGCCUUGGAGGUCCUCGAAACAAUCUAUCUACUGGUGAGGAAUCCCGAUAGUACCUGACAAACUAUCAGAUAUGGAGAUUCAACAUCUUAGCUUUUUAUCCAGUAGAUGGUGCAGGAAUUUAGACGUAGAAGUAGAUGAUGUUGGGCAAAGUAAGUUGUAACUCUUCCACACCGUACCCAUUUUUUUCCACCAGCAAAUGUAGUUUAUCGUGAAGAUGACCAGGAUGCUGGUCAACAUAGCAGCCUGAAUAGCUCAGCAGUAUUAAUAUCCACCAAGCCCAUUCAAAAUAUUGCUUUGUUUUAUUCAGGCUGGAAGCUGAGAAAACGAUCGACAAGUGCAGGCGGGCUGAAUUAUAAGCUGCACAACAACUACUAUGCAGUGACAUAGUACUGCAGCAUGUUGCACCACGACUGCAAAAACUACCCACUUACACGCUUUAACACGACCAAAUAUCGAUACGUUUAAUACUAUUUUGCUCCUGUACAUCAACGCAAACGCGAUCGAAGACUAUAAUUUAAGGCCACGACUAUUGGUAUUGAUGCAAAAAUAUGCAUAGACUACGUGCGGGAAAUUAAACGAAAAUGGUACGCAAAAAGAGAAAAGCAUUAAGAACCCCUAGAGAACGAAGUAUUGAUACUCGUUAUUGUUUCCAUGCUACUUCUACUUGCAGAAGAUGACAAAAGUCCGCCAAAGAUGAAUCCUAUAUCCCUGCCCAACAUAUGUACUUAAAGAAACAACUAAAAGCACAUGUACUUUGUUGAAGUUAGAACGAAACACUACUAUAAACGGUUCCGUUUCGCUUUCUCUACAAACGAAGACCUGCUUUAUUUUUUCGCAAAAAAUUUCAAGUACUGACACUGACUUCC